AUGGUCGAUCGAAUUGAAACAAGACCAUAUUCUAACAAAAUUGAUCUUCGUCUUCAAACAUUAAUUACAUCUCCAUAUGCGCAACAACAAUUACAACUUGCUGGACUGAUAAAUCAUCGUGGCCAGAUUAUUACCUCCAAUGACUAUCUUCGUAGUCUAUCGCAACGAAAACGUCAACGACGAGAACGUGAAGGAAUAAAACAAGAAAUUGUUUUACGAGCAUUAAAAAUUGAUCAAAAUAAUCAUCGUGGUCGUCGUCAUCAAUCCGACAUUGUUACACAGCAUGCUGUGAAUAGUAAUUUUGAGAAAGCAGAAAAUGAUGGUGAACAACGAAUACGAGUCACUUCGGCGCACAAAAGAAUAUCAAAAAUUAACAAAGAUUUACCAGAAUCUGAUCAUGAACAAAAUCAUAUUGAGCCAUUAGAUAAAUUACAUGUGCUUUCUGUCGAGCGUCAUGUAUGCGAAGUAACUAUGUCUUAUACAGCAAAGACGACUAUAAAAAAUGGACAACCUGGCCGUGAUGAAAUUGUUGUCAUGCAACAACAUACUACUGGAGAAAAUUUAGUCGUCUAUAGAGGAUUUCUAGUCGAAGGCGAAUCCUUUUCAUUCAAAUCUCAACGUCGAUCUACAUCUCCUCUGUCAUUGGCUUUUUAUGCCAAAGGAUUAAUUGAUAGUGUAAUAAAUGAUUGCUGCGAGUUUAAAUAUGGUAGAAGAAAUCAACACAGUAAUGAGCAUAGUAAAUUUUUGAUUGAACGAGUUCAAAAGGCUAGUCCUUGUGAGAGCUGUCGAAGAAAAUAUUUUCGAAGAGCAUUAACAGCAAAUGGUAAUAUUACACCAUCGGAUACUGUACAAAGUGGACAUUCUCAAAAAGUACUUCAAUGUUUUUCAACACCUACACCCGAACUCUCAAUUGACAAUCAAGAACACGAUUCAUCAGAAAAACUAAAUUCAAGUCCAAAAGAACAUCCAAGCAAUAAAAAAGUAACAGAUGAACAAAAGAAUAAGAAAUUAUCUUUCAAGUCUUCCUCUCAACAACAAAUAACUCGAGGUGAAAAUUAUCAUGAUGACAGACUUUUGUUCAAAUUUGUUGCUUUUAUAUAUUUACGUAAUUUUACAGAACAAACAUCAUCAGUUGACUUCAGUCUUCUAGAAUAUACACUUCUUCAUGAAGGAAAACCAUCCAAAAAAAGAAUUCCAAAAAAAUCCAGCAAUCCAUCGAUUAUGAAAAAAAAAUUGAUCAUGCACAGUGCUGAAAUUAGGCCUAAAGAAACAACACCACCUGCACCUUCACCAGGAAAGGAAAACAUUCAAGCAUGGGUUAAUCAAGCAGAUGUCAUUUCUUGGAAUACUCGCAGUUCAACUAAUAGUAUCAGUACACUAGAUGCAGAAAACACUUUGCAAAUGUCUAUGACUCAUAUACAACAACAAUUUCAAAGAAUGCAAUCGAUAUUCUUCUUUGUUUGUUUAGAAUUACAAGAACUACCACAUCAAUCACAAUCAAUUCAUGUAGCACAUCUUGAAAAGAGUGUAGAAAAUUUUAUUUAUAUUCUUGAUGGCAAUGUACAAAUUUCUAAUGUAGACAAGACAAAACUACGUGGUCUUAUAAAUUUUGGAUUCAUAUUUAAUGUUAUUAAUGAUAAAGCAUGUAUUGAAUUUAUCACUCAAAUUCUCAAUGAGCAAAUUAUUAUAAUUUUAUCAAGUACCACUAUGAAAAAUUUAGAUCGGAAGAUACGUAAUGCUUUACAAAUUCAUUCUAUUUACAUCGUUGACGAUAUUAAAGAUUACUCAAAUGAUUUUGAGAAAAUUCGAGGUAUCUUUCCUAAUAUAGAUAAUGUUUGGGAUCAACUUGAGAAAGAUAUUGUACUAUUUACAUAUAAUCUCAGUACGAUCGUAUCAGUUCCUGCCAACGAUACUAGUGACAGUACUUUUGCUUAUAUACAAGUAUUGAAAGAUAUACUCUUGGAAACCGAGGAGAAAACUGACUUGAAAAAACAAAUGUUAGACUUCUGUCGUCAAGUAUAUGCUGAUAAUGUUAUACAAUUGAGAUUUAUUGAUGAAUUUGAACGUCAUUUUCGACCUGAUGAAGCUGUUAAAUGGUAUAUACGUCAAGAUACUUUUCUAUUUAAAAUGCUUACACGAGCCUUUCGAGUACCGGAGCCGGACAUACUUUUUAAACUUCGUUUUUUCAUUCAAUGCCUUCAUCGUCAGCUGAAGUCAAACUUCUCCAAAACAUCAAUAACUGUUUAUUGCACUCAACAAAUAUCAAAUGAUAAUUUUGAUACGAUAUUAAAAAAUCAAGGAGGUUUUCUGACUUUUAGUCAAUUUCUUUUGACAAAUAAAACUAAAAUUAUAGCAAAACAACAAACGACUGGACUACCGUUUAAUAAAUCUGAGUUGAAAUUAGUUCUUUUUCAAAUGGAGCUCGGCACUAGAAUUCCUAGAAUAGAUAUUAAAACGCCUCAUAAGGAGCUACUCAUUAAUGCUACAACUAUUUUUCGUAUCUCUAAUGUCAAACAUACAAAUAAAGAAAUACCAAUUGUAAAACUAACGUCGAAUGAUGACAUAUUAAAAUCAAUACAAGAAGUAACAAAGAAUGUACGUGAAGCUGCUCGUGGAUCUUUUCCAUUACUUCGUAUGGCCAAGCUCAUGAAACAGAUGGAAUAUAUUCAACAUACAGAAUAUUUUUGUCGCAUGUUAAUGGAUGAUCCAAUGAUUGUUGACAAUGAAGCAGCAAAUUCAAUUGUCGGUGGAUUAUUUCAUACGCUUGGCAGUUUUUAUUAUGAACAGGCACAAUAUGAUCGUGCACUUGAACAACUUCAAAACUCUCUUGAAGUCUAUUUACAUGUUUUGCCUCCAAACGAUAUAAAAUUAACGCCUACCUACAAUAACAUGGGAAGUAUCUAUCAUCAACAAGGACUUGAUAAACAAGCACUUCAAUUUCAUAUGAAAGCGUAUAAUAUACAAGUAAAAUCUUCAAAUCCUGAUCCGGAAUCAAUAGCUACUUAUGCAGGUAAUAUUGCUUCUGUGUUUGUACAACAAGGCAAAUAUAACGAAGCCAUCCCAUUUCUUCAACAUGAUUUAAAAAUUCGUGAACGACUUCAGCCAAAUGGUGAUGAUAUAAGUCUGGCAGUUAAAUACCACAGUCUUGCCGGAGCUGAAUUUAAUAUUAGUAAAUAUACUGAAGCAUUAGAAAAUUAUGAACAGUGCCUCGAAAUUGAGCUUAAAUUACAUCCAAAAACUCAUCCUACUGUAGCUGUAACUUAUUAUAAUAUAGCAACAACAUUUGAGGCAUUAGACCGAUUGAAAGAAGCGAUUGAAACAAUCCAAAAAGCUAUAAAACGUCUGCUUCUAACAAAAGAUAUAAAUGAUGAAGAUGUACAAAUGUAUAAAGAAUAUGAAAAAAGCUUGCAACAAAAACUUAUGGUCAAAAGUUUAUAUGACACUACUUAG